AAAAAAAUAACUUUCUUUGCUUGCUUGUUUGGCUUGUUGUGAGUGAAUUUAUAGAAAGUGAAACCUAUCAACACCACCACACAUUGCAGAUUCCUUCCCAACAAACACCUCCAAAGAUUUCCCCAAAUCUCUUAAAUUUUCUCUACAAAGGUCAGUGACUCACUAAUCUCAAUUUGCCCUUAGAUUUUCAUGUUCCAGAUUCUCAAUACCCAUUACCUUUUUUGUGUUUUUAUAUUGCUUUCAACUCUUCUAGGGUUUUUAUCGUCCCCCGGUUUGUUGGUGCUUUUGCACAUCUUUGUGGAAAAAAAUUGAUUACAUACCACUUGGAAAAAAACUGUUUUUUUUCUGUUUGGAUCAGAAGAUUGGAUCAAAGUAGGGUUUGAAUUUAUACACACAUAUAUUUAAUGUUAGACCCAGGAUUGGAUUGAUGUUUUUUGUGUCACGCAAGUGAAUUCAUGAUGGGUGGGGAUAAUUCUGCUGAUGGGUUUCAAAAACCUCGUCCCGUUUUGGGCGAUGUAACCAAUCGGCUAGGGAAAAGGGCAUUAUUGCUGCUUUCGGGGGAAUCGGGAAAUAAAUUUGGAGAUGGGCAUGGUAAACAUGUUGAUGAAAAAGAGGGUGAUUCACUCUUUACACAGAAAGUGUGUCAGGGAGUGGAGAAUAUAGUCAAAGAGAAAUGUGGGAUCAGAUGCAUUGUAAAUGACAAUGACAAAGGUAAGAAGGCUUGUGUGUCGCCACGUCCUUGCAGUGAGAUUAAUUCACUGCGGGGAAAUAUUAUUAUAUCUGGCAUCUCAAAAAUAACCAGUGAAGUUAAGGAGUUGAAUUCAUUUGGUGCCAGCCUUCAUCUUGGUAAAAGCAAUGCUGUCGUUGACAAUGUUGUAGAAGUUGUUGAUGCCUCUAGAGACAACUGUGUUUCUAGCAUUUCAAUGCCUAUGGUCCCUGGAUCAUGUGUUGGUGUUGAACAAAAUUGUAUCAACAAUGACAUUAUACAAGAUGAUUUACGAGGUGAGGAAUUAGUCUCUCAUGCUUGCAGAAAGGAUUGCAAACAUAUUAUUGGUGCUGAUAAUUUCACUUUAGGCAAAAAUGGGUCUGUUGAGUGCUCAAUAUUGCCCGAGUCUCAGGGUUCUGGAUCUUUCAAACUAGAGAAUUGCAUAGGGUUGAAGGGUGAUGGAAUCGCUAACUCAAGUGCAAAUGUUGACUCUAUCAAAGCUUGCUCUUGUUCUUUUUGCUUGAAAGCUGCUUAUAUUUUGUCAGACCUCCACUACCAGGAUAUGAAGGGUCGAAUAGCUGCACUAAAGAAGAGUCAGAAAGAAGCAAGCAUUAUGGUUCAAAGAAGUUGCAGGGACAAGGGAGUUGAUAAACAUAGUCAAGGAAAUUGCCCUAAAUACUCAAAGUUAGAAUCUAAUCUUAUGGGUCAGUGGAAGUCACUGUUUCUUCAUAUGGAGGAUAUAUUUGUACGUGAAGGCAGCCAACUUGAAACCAGUUUGCUCGCACUAAAAGAUUUGAGAGAGAAUUGCAAGACAGAGUUGGAGAUGGUUAAUGGGAUGCCUUUGGAGAAACAAUAAUUGCUUCUGAUGCUUGUGCUUGUAAGAUUGUUUAGGUAGAGUCUAAUUUCAGUCCUAGUUUGCAUGUGCACAUGCUAUGCCAUAUUAAUGUUAGGAAAUUUCUAGAAGCUUAUACCAUUCUCAUAGAAGAUGUUAGACAUCUGCAGCAUUUAUAAUAUUUUGGUGUUGCCAUUGUUGCUGAUGCCUAAACAAUGUUUGUUCGCUUUGGAAAUUAAGAUUGUCAUCGAGUGCUUUAUAUGUUAUUAUGCUCCCAUCCUUUGUGCCUCAUCCAGUAUUUCGUUUAGGUUCAUUCCAAGUUAAUUGGUUAUCAUCCCAUUGCCUUUUCCUUCAGUUUGAUUCCAAAACUCCGUUAAUGUUUCCCUUUUCGUUUUUGGUAAAAAGUGUUAGCAUGUUUUAGAUGGAGAUGAGACGGAAUUGGUUGAACCAAUCUAAAUGGUUUGGCACAUUUGAUUAGUGUCAUUAUUAACUUUUAAUAUAUUGUUUGUUUAGUAUUGAUUGUAA